AUGCACACCGUCCUGAUCGCAUUGCUCAUAUUUGGCAUCGGCGGGUGUGAAGCGCUCAAAUGUUUCGAUUGCUAUGGAACAGGUCCCGAUCAUAAAGCGUGCACCGAGGAGAGGACCUGCAAUGGAGUGGCUUGCAUGAUUUUCGACGCUGGCGAUAAUCAGACGGCUUCUGCGUUUUGCCUGCUUGCCAUGAAAGGAAAGAAGAUGGACGAGGCGAAAGAUGGCUGCUGGCUCGAGCCGGACGGCAAAGGAAAACACUGUAUGUGUUUCAGCGACUACUGCAAUAAGCUCAUCGAUCGUAGGAACACGAAUGAAGCUGAUCCGAUGGCUCCAUUAUUGCCGACGGCGGAAUUCCUCAAGCAGAACCCGCUGGUUGAUUAUGACGCGCCAAAUCUUGGAGAUUAUGUUGAUGAGGGAGCCCAUCCAGCACCGAAGCAUGUGUUGUUCCCAAGCGCUGACAAACAGGAUCCACGGGUGGCGGGAAGCGAGGAUGAUGAUGAUGAUCUUGUUCCUGUCGAGUUUGAGGAUUACAAGGAUAUGGAUGAUGAGAGGAAUGAUGUCGGCGAAAAGGGUGUUCCACUUCCAGUUGAUCCCGAUGUUGUUGCUGUCGAUGAGGAAGCCGGACAAGUUCACCAUCGAGAGCCUGAGCAUCGACGUAACAAUAAGAUAUCAUCGAGCUUCAAGCCGCCAUCUUGGGUGUUGUUCUUGUUCCCAAUGGCCGCUUCGUGGGCGAGAUUUGCCGUCAACUUUUAA